CUUCUGAAACCACGGGAUUGUAAUGAACUUUUGAUUCCGGUCCGGACAAACUUUAUAAUUUGUAUACCACCCCAUAGAGGUUUUCAGGACAAGUACAAUUGGUGCUAGUAUAAGAAAACAAGUCGGAAACUGGAACAAAAUUAAGCAAUAAAGAAAGGUAUGGUUUUGGAUACUGAGAAAUUGCUAGAAUAACUGGAUUAUCAAACAGAUUGGACUUUUACAGGAUGAAUUUUCUAUACUACACUAGACUUCAAUCAAAGAGAAAAGGACAAUUUUGAUAAAACAUUGAAUUCUUUAGUGAAGUUAUUUUUCAGAUAUAUUUCAAAAAGGAAUGAAAAGUAAACAAAAUAAUGGAAUAAUUGGAAUAGUACACCACAUAUUGAAAUAUAGAGAUUGUUAUGCUACGUGAUAUUUAAUAGGAUGACAUCAAUUGAAUCAUACAACACAAUUAGCCGUAUCUAUAACCAAACUUAGCAUCGAUAUGCAACAAACUUCCUGAUCACUGACACCAUGGCAACCAUCAAAGAGACAACUCAUUGUGAAACAAAGGACAAGCACAGCAUAAAAUAUACUUCUAAAGUUGAACCAGUGCUAAAAGACAAUUCUAAACUUCAUCCUGAGAAAGAUAUAUUUCCAUAUAGUACACUGGAUACACAGAAAAUGAAAAGAAGUUCUACAACUAAGAAAGGAUCCCAAGACGAUUCUAAACCACUGCAAUUGAAUCUAAAGGUCAAAACACCAAAGGACAAAAUGGUAAAGAAUAGAAGCACAUUGAAAGAUAAAGAUAAAAUCGAAACUCCAAUGAAUGACUUUAAUCACAAUAAUGUUACUACAAACAGGAAUGAUGUUAUCGUACAAUAUGAUGAUGAAGACCCUAAAUAUAAUGGCACUACUAUAGAGAGUAAAACAGGCAAGAAGAUACACACGCAACGAAGCAAAGAAGUUGCUAAACUAGACUUAGAAAGAGAGAAAAAUAGUGCAAUGGAAAUGACAAGUGAUGAAAAUGAUGAAUUAUCAAAAGUUGUUUGGACAGACACAUCUCCGAAACUGACACGACAAACUCUAGAAUCUCUGAACGGGGAGACUCUUUCAAAUGCUGUUGAUAGCAAUUCAAAAUAUGUUGACCUUUGGUUGGAUAUUAUGCGUGAAUAUGUCUGCUUAUGGAAAGAUAUUGAGGAUCGUGACACAACUGAUGUUUCUGAACAUGAAACUCCUAAACCUAUUAUGAGUCCAAAUGGAGAGAAAACAGAGCAAUGCAAUGGUGCUUAUAGCAUUCAAACCAGUGCACCCCAACCAGUGAAAAACAUACGUACCACUGCAUCAAUAAACGAUCCAGCUGAAAAUGAACCUGAAGAAGAAGGAAUCAAAUACACUGAUCUUGGUGAGAUUUCAAAUGAAACUCCUGAGUGCUAUGAUAACUGGGACAUUAAUGACUUUACUCUUGUGGCUGAUGAUUCUGAUGAUGGUAUAACUGAUAACCCUGUGAAAACAGAACAGCAAGAUCAUUCACAAACUGAACCAAACUAUCAGAAGGAAAUUCCAUUCAUUGUAGCUCCUCAAACUAAUGAACGCACAAAACUGUUAACUAAAGACAUCAAUGGUGUUUAUCACCCACAAAAAACUCUGCACGAAAAAUUACACAAAUCGUAUGUCGCAAAAACAUGUGUAGACAGAGCAAAAAAAUUACACAGAGAAAACAUGAAACAACAACAAGUGGGAGGAACCAAUGAUGCUCAGUAUUCUGAGCUAUCACACAGUCCGCAAUCUGAUAUCGAUAGUGUUUAUGCCUGGACCUUAAAUGGAACAGAAUUUGCUUCCGAUAAUGAGGAUGCCCAGUUACAAAAUCCAAGGAGGAAAAUACCAACUAUAAAUGAAGAAGACUUGAUAUACGAAAGUGCAAUCAACAAUUGUCAUACUCCGUCACAACAAAACACCUCAACAAAACAGUUGACAAAGAAACCUGGGAAAAAACUGGCGUUCAUGAGCCAGAAUCGGGUAUUAAAGAAUCCACCAGUCAAUCUCAAGAGAAAUAAAACAACCUCAAAGGUACGUUCAUAUUCCGAUCCGUCCCAAGUUAACUCGCAAGAAUGUCCGUCCAUUCAUGAUCAACGAGCUCAUGUGAGGUCACAAAGUGCAAAGAUCCAAAAGCAACAUACAAAUGAUUGCCACAGCAACAAGCCAGAAAGCUCCACUAGGUGGCAGCACAAAAGUUCAAACAGCUCCAAACAUUAUAUAUCCGAAAGUGAGGCUACAGUUUACGAAUUUGAUAAAGUAAUUCAAAGAAGAAGAAAGCGCGAAGAAAAACAUUUUACCAAUCCCCUGAAAAACCCUGUCCUUUUAAAUGGUGGAGGUAAAUAUUAUAUCAUGGUUCCUCGACCAAUAGAAUCACUUGAUUUUGAUUCUGAGGAUUCAGAAUCGGUACAUUCCUAUGAUAGUCAAUGUGAGGCAUGUAACAAUGGCAACCAGGAAACAUUUUCAGACACUGAGUCAAUCGAGUCUUUUGAUAGCCAAUGUGAGGCUUGUAUUGAGAAUCACAACUCAAGCCUUGCAUCUAAGUCAAAUACUGAGCAACGAUUCUUGCCAAACUGGCCAAAUCACAAACAUAAUGAUCCCGAGGAGCAUAAAUUUAUCAGCUCUCCAAAGUCAAUGACAUCACCAAGAUCACUGAGUUCAACACCAAGGUCAGGAACCUCAUCGCAAAUGUCAAUGACCUCAACACCAAGGUCAAGGAUGUCAAUGCCAAGGUCAUAUCAUCAAGAGGGUAACCAAGCCUAUGUGUCAUCUAAAAUAGGUAACUCUUAUCAACAGUCUAGAUUAAACCCAGCAUCUCUAUCAUACUCAUCAUACCCUUGUAGUCGUACUUCCGUAUCAGCUUCCCAGCAAAGUGAAAUUGAGUCCGAUUACGGGACAGAAUCUGAACAUACAGCUGCAUAUGCUAUAGGGCCGAUCCACUCAAUCCGAAGUGCACACGUGGACUUCCAUAAUG